AUGGCACGAGAACUCUUGAUCAUGGGUCGCACUCGAAAUCUUCGCGAUGUUGAAUCCAACCAGGAGAAGUCGUCCUUCUGGCGCGAUUGGGCCUUUGUUAUGCUGUGGGGUAUCGUGGGAUAUACCUGUAUCAUCUUGACAGUGUUGACCUUCUUCAAUCCGGGUCUAAUUCCCUUCGACAUUUCGUCGUUGUUGUUUCGGAAAGAGAUAUCUCCAUUCUUCGCAUUCUCGCAAUCUUCGACCCAUUACUCCAAACCACAAGGGUUCAAGAUAGUGGCUUUGGUGCCUUUCCAUCACCAUGACCGUACUGCGAUUUUGGACUGCUACUUGCAGAAAAACCUGGCCCAACACAAUGGCUUCCUCGACCAGGUCGUCUUCGUGCCGCAGACCGAAGACGCCGUUGGCAUUGACUGGCUUUACUCAAUUGUCAAUCAGACACCCGAGUACACCAUUGCACCCGUGGGUCGUGCGAUCGAAUGGCAACUCACCGAGGAGAACGUCAUGUACAUCCGGAUUGAUGGCGACACGGUCUUCCUAGAAGACAACACCAUCCCAACAAUCGUUAAGACAAAGCUCGACAACCCGAGCUCUUUGAUGGUCUCCGCAAAUGUAGUGAAUGAAGCAGCCCUGGCAUCCCUUCAUAGCCACCCAGGUGUUGCCCUCCCAUACCUCCCUGAGCUCUACCAUGUAGAGCAACCGUCACGAUCCAAAUCACAACUUCAGGACGAUUGGCGACCCUCAAGCCUGCCACGCUGGCAGGGCCCACCAAAUUUCAGAGUGACCAAGGAUUUCAAGCCCCCAUUCCAAGGGCACCGCUGGCUACUUCCUCGCGGCGCUAGCUCGGAUCGGGACCCUAUCGCGACCUCUGUGUAUACUGACAUCGGCCCAACUUUGGACGAUUGGACAGUAGGUGCCCAGCAGCACUACUCGUUCUUGCACCACCUGGAGGAGAAUGACCUAGGUCAUUACAAGUUCCCUAUAUGGGUUGAUCCCACUGAGCCAAUCAGCCCGGAUUUCGGAUGCUUCUGGGGAAAUGAUGCGGUAGCUGUGCGGCAUACAUUCAACCACAAAGCUCGCAACUCAUCUAGUCACGGCUCAAAUGGAAACCGUCCACAUGUUAUCAUUGAUGGCAAGGGUGUUGCAGCGCAUUACUCGGCCCGCCAGGGUGUGGCUGGUCUGGAUGCCACAGACCUCAUCAGUCGUUACCGAGAAUACGCGCUCGAGAAUGUUUGCCGGGAGACUGAGUGA